ACUAACAGCCUAACCUUUUUCAGACUGCAGAAAGACUCUCAUUCACUAACGGUGCCAACUGUUAAAGCAGAUCUCCUCCUUUUUCUUGUCAUCAUGCAUUGGACUCUAGCUGGCUGCUGUGGGUUUGCAUUGAUAAGUCUAUCAGUUGCCCUGCAGAUCAGCCAGAGGCCCAGAUUUUACGGAUUGACAUCUCGUAGGGAUGUAUCUAUUUACUGCCAGUCCUCAGAACAAGAUACGGCAAAAACUGCGGAGUGGUACAAGGCUAUGAAAUAUGACUCUCCAGAGAAAGAGAUUGUCGAGAGUGAAAGGAUUCGGUAUGAAAAACAAGGCUCAGUUGAAAAUGCUUUCCUUUUCUUCAAAGAACUUACAGUAGAGGAUAGCGGAAUAUAUUACUGCAAAAUAAACGACACUUGGGGACCUGGAACUGAAGUACAAAUAAUAAGACCAGUUAACCUUAUCAGUGCCCAGUACAGGACCCAGAUGAAGGAUGGUCUCAUUGUCCUGCAAGGUCUGCUGGUGGCUGUUUGUAUCGGCGCCUACCUGCUACGUAAACAGAAACUGAUAAAAGACAAUGACAGUGUAUAUGAAGAGCCUGAAGCUGACCACAUCUAUGAGGGCUUGGCCAUUGAGACAUGUGGGGGAGGUCUGUAUGAAGAUCUUUCUGCGUACGCUCGGACUGAAGAAACCGAGGCCCCGUGGGAGUGAAACCAACACCCUCUGCAGUCAUAAAUGUGGAGUUUAUGUUCAUAAUUAUCGCCUGUGUGGUGAAAAAGGCAGACAAGUACUUGUUGGUCCCCUUUUGGGUGUGAAUAUAUCUGUGUUUUGCCCAGAAAGGUGCAGCUUUUGUUAUUUGCUAGAGCAGUUUAACCCUAGAAUGUCCAGUUUUUGGACCAUAAAGUAAAAGCAGCUAACAACUCGGACCCAAACUUUGCUGAUGGAUAUUAUCAUCACUGAAAAUGAAUUUAGAAAGACACGAAAAUAAUAAAACAAGACCUAGAUCGUUGGCGGUUGUUGCAUACAUCCAUGGAUUGCUAGCCUCCAUUGUUUUUAGAAUAAAAGGGUUUUUUUAAGGAAUAUUUUUAGUGUUAAACCAUCAUGUCAAGGUUUGAUCAGCAAAAGUUGUUUGGAUUUUGGAUAAGAUAGAAAAGAAAUAAGCAUCAGUAGCAACCCAUGCUGUACAGCCGUAUUUCUCUGUGUUCCCUCUGAACACAUUCCCAGCUAUGCCCCUCUGCCUGUUGACUGGGGAUGACAGUAGGAAAGAGAAAACUCAUUCUGAUGAAUUACACAUUUGUUGUUUUGCAAUGCUUGGUUUUACUCGCAUACACUUAUAACUACCUUUUUAUCCUUUGUAAUAGUUCUUAAAAAAAUGUACUCAUCAGGUUCCUCUGCAGGCCACCAUCUUUGUGUUUUAACACCCAAAGUAAGACCCCUAGUCCCAGGUAUCAGGACUUUGGUGCUAAAUCAUGUAUUUUUUGUCCUCUUUUAGAGAUUGCUUAUCAUUGGCUGAUGUUGGUGCACCAGCUGAUUCCAUGUGCUUUGAUGCAUUAGUGUAUAAAUUGUGUUGUAUCUGAGUUUUUUUUUGUUUUUUACCAUUUUGUUGAAUUGCAAAAGCAUGAAUCUGUAUUUCACCACAGCCUCAGAGAGGCUGACUUCCUCUUAUAGUUCACCAUUUAUCAAUAAACAGAUUCAAGGCUGCUGUAAAGAGUAAUUUUUAUUUGUUUGCUUUGUUUUAAAAUAAAUAUGUAAAAAACAAAA